UUGAUCGAAUGGAGUAAACAACCAAAAGUAGGGUUCUAUUUUGUGUAUAUGUGUUUCGAUUCGAAUAUAUGAAUUGGAUCGAUUAACACAACAGAACUGAACUGUGUUGAGAAGAUGACAAGCCCUUCAGAGAGAUACCAAAAACUUGGCUUAAGAGAGUCUCUACAAAAGUGUUACAGAUACUCAAUUGCCUGCAAAGAGCUAAGCUUUAUCCUCAGAGAAGCCUUUCAUCAAAUUCCCAAAAGUUUGCAAUCCAUAAUCUUCGAAGACACCCUCUUCGCUUUUCGUCUCCUCCCAGAAAUAGAGACUAAGAGUGCUGUUUCAGCAGUCCACUUCCUCCUUCAGAGUGUAGAAGCAGCACUACCAAAUCGAAAAAAGAAUGUGGCUGUAACAGAAUUUAAGCAUGCUAUGGUUUCUCAUAAGAGACGCAGCAAAGCUCAACUGAUAGAGAAAGCUUCACUGCAACUUCCACAAGAUAUUCUUGUACACGUUUUCAGUUUUCUUGAUAUGAAAUCUUUGGUUUCAGCGGGGCUAGUCUGCUGGUCAUGGAACAUAGCUGCAAACGAUAACCAUCUGUGGCAGAUGCAGCAUGUUGUACUGUUCGGUAAUGAUGCUAAACUGAAGCAUACGAAACCGGUUGAGGGAAAGAACUAUAGUCUUUUGCAGGGAACCGUUGAUAAUAGACUUAUUACUAACUGGAAAGACAGAGUUAAAGGAGCAUACACUGGAGCAUUAUCUAGUAUAUUAACAACCAACCGGGGAUAUUGUGGACACUGCAAAUCAGUAGUUUGGCUAAAUAACGCAAAAUGUCCCAAUGUACACUCUGGAAUAUCUGAAAUUCAAGAUAUCAAGCCCGUAACAGCAUUCCAGGUUGUGGAAUAUCUUUUAGAUGAUUCUCUAUCCAUAACAUCUUCCUCAGACAGUGACAGUGAUUAUGAAGGAGGGCCAGUUUCCAAGUUAUGGGCAUAUGGGAAGUUCAGGAAAUAACAAUAUUUUCCUUUCACUGAAAUGUUUCUUUGAAUAAAUUUCUUUGUAAUCAUUUAUGGAAAAAGUAACAUUAGAGAAGCCAAUUUGGUAACAGAUAUUUUGGCCUAUAGUUCAUGCCUAUACAGUUAAUGUCAUACACUGUACAUAUCUCUUUUGCUUAGAGAUUCUAUGGGCCUACCUGUGUAUUUGUUUGGGCUUUCUCUCCUCUUUAAUACAAGAAAAUAGGACUAAUAUAAA